AUGAAGCUGUAUAGAGAGCGCAUAAAAGCUGAUCCCGAGAAACAUGAUGAAAUGAAGAAGUACGAAAAGGAAAGAAAAGCAAAAUAUCGGGAACGCAAGAAGACGUUAAAUAACAACUCAACAUCAAACAGAUUAAUGGAAGAAUGGAAUCGAUCAGACCAAUCUUACUUUUCAACUGAACAAGAAAAAGAUAUAGCAAUGAAAAAGGUUUUGGAUGCUUUGCUUAAAGAUGAUGCUAAAAGAAAAGAAAUUCUCCCCUUUUUGAUGAAUCGAGUAUUUUCUUCAUCUCAAUCAAAAUCAGCUGUUAAAGGGGUCGACCCAAAGAAUUGA